AUGGAUCUCCAUAUAAACUAUUUUCUCCUGAAUCUCUCAAUCCCUUUCUCUUUCUGGGUAAAUGGAGAAUCUCUCUCAAAUUCUUCUCGUGUCCUCGUCGUUUCUCCCACCGUUCGUAAAAAUAAAUUCGUCAACUUCGUUGGUGAAUAUCAUCUUGAUUUGAUAGUUCGCUAUGGAUAUGUACCAGUGAUUGUUCCACGGGUCACUGGUGUUCAUAUGCUGCUUGAUAGUUUCAAUCCAAUCCAUGAGUUCUUCUUUGUGAAGGAGAAGACAUUGAUCCUUCUCUUUACGAAUCUGAAAUCUCCUCUCUUUCACCAGAAGAGCUUCAAGAGAUUAGAGACACACAUGCGAAUGAUACGGCUAUUGAAAAAAGAAAGAUUCUAUUGA